AUGGUUGGCUGUUGGGUCCAGAUUGUUGACCAAUCAGAUCUCGCCUUGAUGCCGGACCCGCAAGCAUCCCGAAUUCUGGGCCAACCUCGACUUAGGUCGCGGGGCAGCUUGGGGAGAAUGAAAUAUGUGAACCGUUCAUGCUCCGGUGUGCCGAGUUUUCGCAGCAAUAGUUUGACUUUCCAUCCAUCAUCAAAUUUGGAAAAAUCAGUCUUGAACAUGCCUUCGUACCGCUUGAACCAGGAGUCAAAUGUGUGA